AUGUCUAUCACUCAAGAUGAAACCAUCGCUUCACUUCAACAACAACUGGCUACGUUGGCUAGCCAAUUCGCUGAUCUUCAGCGCUCCAAGGAGGAACAAGAUCCAGCCAUGGAGACCCCUACUCUCAUUCAAACUUACAAGCCCACACAAGAUGAUCUCGAACGCUUCCCCUUCUUGGAACCAAAAGAUCCUUCUUCCGUCUUUCAACAAGACAUUACCGACGAGGAGCUUUGGGAACAAUUCAGACAGUUUCCAAAAAACAUUCAUUGGCCAUAUGAACCUCCCAAGCUCCCUUCAGCUGUUUCUCUUAAAACCCAUCAAAAACAUCAUGAUCAACAACUUCGAGCGCUACAAAAACGGUUACUCAACCUUACUCGCCCACUACAUUUGUUCGCUCACCAAAUCACUUCCAUGGAAAUCGAUGAUAAAAUGGGAACAGAUUACUGGUACGAUCGACAGGAUCAACAACAUGCGACUUGA